CACCCACCCAGCCCCACCCACACAUCCACAAUGAGCGAGCAGGACAAGAACAUGACCCCCAUCGACGGCGUUCUCGAGGAGCUCCCGUCUGCCAAGCCGGAGGGCUUUGUCGAGGAGUUCCUUCAUGACGAUGAGGUCCACGAGCUUGUUGGUUCCGACGGUGAGGACAACAUCGAGCCGGUCGACGACAUGAUGGAGGCCUUUGAAAUCGAGAUGCACAUGGGCUCCGACGAUGAGGACAACCAGGACGACAGCAUCGUGGAGGACAUGUCCCGCGCGAACUAUGCUGCGCACAAGGGCCCGGUCUACGCGGUCGAUGUGCACAUGGGCGCUGGCCUCGUGGCCACUGGCGGCGAGGACCACAAGAUCUUCCUCUGGUCCAUGUACAAGCUGGAUGAGACCCCGCUGGCUUGCUGGAUCGCUCACACCGACUCGAUUGUCUCGCUGAAGUUCAACGAGACCGGCUCGCUGCUCAUCUCCGGCGGCAUGGAUGGCACCGUCUGCGUGUGGGAUGUCACUGGCCGUUGCGGCAAGGUGGUUGACACCUCCAGCGAUGUGUCCACCGAUGAGCCGGUUGUCAUUCUGACUGGCCCGUCUGAGGUCAUUUGGGUCAAGUUCUCCCCCGACUACGAGACCAUUAUGGCCGGCUCGGAGGACGGCACCGUCUGGCUGUGGUACACUCCCCAGGCGCCGGAGAAGGGCGCCCCCAAGCUCAACCCCGAUGACUUCAUGCAGAAUGUCCUGGCCCACCAUGAGGGCAGCGUGCAUGUCGGCGAAUUUAGCCCCGAUGGCAAGAUGAUUGUCACCGGCUCUUCGGAUGGCAACCUGAUUGUCGUGGACCCCCUCUCCGGUGUGGCCAAGCACACUUUCAGCAGCCAGGUCGAUGGCCGCUUCCCCUCUGGCGGUAUCACCGCUUGCGCCGUUCACCCCUCCUCGCAGCUGAUUCUCGUCGGCAGUGACGAGGGCGGCCUGGCUCUGGUCAACUCCCAGACUGGCAAGCUCAUCUCCGUUCACGAGUCCCAUGAGGAUGGUGUCGAGUCGAUUUCCUAUUCCCCGACCAACCCCUUCGUUGCCACCGCCGGCAUUGAUGGCAAGGUCUGCAUCUUCGACACCUCGAACAUGCGCCGUCGCCACGUUCUUGCCCACCAGGAGCCUGUCAUCAAGACUGCCUGGCACCCGGUGGCCCCGCUCCUGGUCACCGCCUCCAUCGACCGGUCGCUCCGUGUCUGGGACGCCCGCAAUGGCACCCUUCUUAAGACCCUGACUGCUCACACUGAGGGUAUUCUUGACAUGGCGGUGUCGUUCCCGACCCACGCCCCGGCCGGCGUGCAGCCUGCCAACAUCCGCGGUGUCGCGGUCACUGGUGGCGAUGACAACAUGGCCUUCCUUUUCGAGAUCUAAGCUCACAACACCGCCAUGUGCAUUAGACACAUGCGCCGCCGCGCAUGCUGUUAGCUCUCCUUCUUCCUUUGCUACGCCUUGCGCAGGCGCACAUGGCCUCCGGCUGGCAGACUGAAGCCGCAUUUCAUCCCUCCCCUUUCACUCCCUCGCCCUCUCUUCUGUCGGUGGAGGGAGCAGCCCGGCUGACUGUAGAAUAACACUCAAAUCCCAACAA